UUGUACUGAAAAAAUAAGCUUUUUAUUUAUAUUAUAAAAUAUAAACCAUGAAAGAGUAUUGUGAGGCUGGAGCUGCUGAAGGAAGACAUGAUGAUGGUUGUUGUACAAACACGUAAUUUUGGGAGUUUUGAGUUUUUUGUCACAUCCAAACAUGACAUCCAAACCACAUUAACGUCUGACUGCAGUCUACAAAUCCUCUUUGACGUGAUAAAGAACCAGCACCUGCAAGAUUACUGUUGUGCAUGAUGUGGAUCGACUCCUACCUGAAACAAAGACGUAUUAAACAACACUUACGCACCCGUACACCUCCAGACUGUUAAUUGCACAUCACGCUGUGACUGUGGAGCAUGUUACUCGCAUGUGGCAGUUCAUGUGUGAAGGACUGGGGGUUGAUGACGCCGCGUCAAAAACACUGUCUGUGUGUGUUUUAUACGUCACUGCUGUUUGGCUACAGUUUCUCUUGGGUUUGUUGUCAAGGCUUGUGUUUCCUAACAUCAUGACUGAUGUGAAAUCGUCAAAAAUGAAACUCUUCACUUUUCUUUCCUCCUGUCGGAGAUUUUUCAGACGGUCUGACUCAACUGCGUCGAAGUACUAUAAUAUUUUUACAGAGCAAUCUCGACGCCAAUUUUGUCAUGUUUUUACAGGGUUGGUUUCAUCACAGUAAAAUGCAGCAUCAGUGAAUAGACUGGGGGAAAGAAAAAACAUCUUUUAUGUAGUUUUACUGCUUCUUGUUCAAUCUCUUCUCCAAAAUAGAGAACAAACAGUUUUCUUUACACAUUAAAAAUGAAGCUGCGUGUCCUCAAACAGGGUCACAGAAUCUUUUUUUUCCUGCAGUUUGUAUCCUUUUCACUAAUUGAUGAAGGUAAACAAGCUAUAGAGGGAAAUGAAGCUAAUGUGUGUGUGAAUAAACAUGGCCCAAGUGGGCUGCAGCUUCUCUGUUUACUAUUCUUCACGGCUCCGUUGCCAAGACAGUGCCGUGUGUUCUGGUCCGGCAACGAGCUCCGACACAAGCACAGUUCAAGGCAAAGGCCCGGGCUGUGGAUGCACACAUGGACACGGACAAAGAUGGUACACAGACACUUUGUACUGUGCCUUGUGUUUGUGUUUUCUGAGAGUGACCAUGGGCUGGUUCACAGGAGGGCAGUCUUUUGUGGAUUUGUCCAUGAGUUUCCUGAGACUUGGUUUUGUAAAUGUUGAUGUUUCUGUUCCUGUAAAAAAAAUAAAAACAUUAAAUGACAUAGUUUUGUGUCACAUGUUAGGAAAGAAAAUACAUAAUUUGUCUUUUUCAGUUUAAAGUAGUCUGACAAAUCAUUCUUAAUGCUUAACUUUUUAACAACUUUUAAACAUACAAUAAAAAAUUACUUUUUCACUACAUAUGGCCAAGGCCCCCAAAGCAUCUGGUCAGGAAACCCCUUUGCAAACAUAGAGACAAUGCUACGAACUAUAUUAACAAACAUCAAUCUUUAGAAUGAAUUUAGAAUAGUUUUAGAAUAUAUUUAGAAUAGUAUUUUCUUACUUUUGUUCUCUUUACAAUAACUAUUACAAUUGCUGCAUCUGUCAUACGAAAAGCCUCCAGGUACCAUUGGAAACUUGAGAACCCGACGAUUAUCGCAGCUUAUGUUGUUGUUGUACAGUUCAGGACAAAUUAUUAUAAAAAAAAAAAAAUCUUAUCUACCCUCCAAUUUACUGAGGCCCCUCUAGCACUCCCUGGUGGCGCUCACUUUGAAAACCACAGGAAUAAAACACGUGAAAGACAUUGAGGACGGUUUUGGGGUGGGGGGGUCUCUAUGCAGUAUUGUGAGAGUGCUUUUGUUCCUUAGGCUUUUGAGCACGUGUCUUGCUAUAGCUACUAUAGGAACACACUGGAUUCAUUACUGGCCAAUGGUCAAGAGUAUAGCACUGGUUCAUUCCAACCUGGUUACACAAACCCAUCGUUCAGUACUUGGACAGGCGGGCUUAAGUACACCUAUCAGAUUUCAUCCUGGAUGCCCUAGAGAGGGUUUAAAAAGGUCAUGCAUGUUGGUGAGAUCCAGGUUUCAGCAGAAAAUAUGGUACAUGCUCGGACUGUUAUGGAUAUGGUGCAGAACAUUGUUUUACAGAAGGAGGGGAAUUGAGGGGGUGGUUAUAUGUCAAUAAAUGAUAGGGAUGCAUGUUUUUUCUGUUGAUUAUUGAAAUGCUUAUUAUAUAGAAUUAAUAAUAUCUCCAUGGACACAUUUACAGAUCAGAUCCCUCAAAAUUACGACGCAGCUGAAUUGAUGCAGGAAGUGUCGAGAAGCUGUGACGAAAGCCAAAACAAAUAAAAAACAAAGAAUGAAGUUUAGGUCUUCGGUGUAAAGCGUUUAGUCUGAAAUCUCUUUCUAAGCAAUUUUCACCUCCCAUGCGCCUCCUGGGCCGAUGCACAGGUGAGAAGAUAAGGGUGAGGUGAUAAAUACUUAAGGUGAAAAGUGGAUGAGCAAGGUUUGAGUCACAAAUGCUGUUUUCUAUCUUUAGAGCCUUGGUGGCUUCCAUUGAUUUCCUAUUAGAGGAGAGUCAAUAAAAAUGGAAGUGAAUGACUUCCACUGGCACCAAACUGUUGUUCUGUCUUUGACAGCGAUUUGUAUUUUUACACACCAUCAUUGUGACCAAGACGUGGUUGUUAUGUUUAUACAACCACGUAUUACUCUGCAGUAAUAUUUGGAAACUUUUAGUUAUUGGGCUAGGAUAGUAAUUACUGCAGUUUUAGUAGAAUUGGUCCAUGGUUAAAAAAAACAUUCAAUCUGCAUUAAAAACAUCACAAAUAAAGUAUAGAUUGAUUGUCAGGGGAAAGUGUAAUAUUUAAGUUUCUAGAUUUUAGGUUUCAUAUCUAAUAUACUCCUGUGUAUUACUUCAUAGUCUCACACUACUUGCAGAAACAAAUAAAGUUCUAACAAAUAAGGGAGAAGUGGUGUCUCGUUUGUGAUUAGACAAAAACGUGUGAUUUGAAUAUAAUUCGGUAAUUUUCUAUCAAAUUAAAACAGUUUCGUUUGGGUUUUCGGUGGACGAUGGGGUGGAAAGCGCUGACGCACAGAAACAGCCAUAGAAACGUUAUAAUUUCGGCUCUGUAACCAGCUGCCCAAACUGGAGCCUGACGCAUGACGCGCGGGGAGGCGCGGCCUCGUCCCUCAAUAAAUUUGCGGCGCGCGCUCCUCAGCCUUCAGAUAACGAACGAGGGCAAACCUCACACUAAGCAUACAAGGACUUACUGUCUGUGUCGGUUCUCAGUCAUCCAGGUUUUGGAAAAGGACUUACAAGUAUUUCUUGUUGUCGACCUUGCGGGUACAGCUGCUGCAGCCAUGAUUAAGAAAAUGACACCGUCCGAGAACGAGUUCAACAUACCGGCCAAGAACUGCCACCGGAUGGUGAUCCUGGGCUCCACCAAAGUUGGAAAGACAGCCAUCAUCUCUCGGUUUCUGAACGAGAGGUUCGAAGAGCAGUACACGCCGACUAUUGAGGACUUCCACAGGAAAUUCUACAGCAUCAGGGGAGACGUUUACCAGUUGGACAUUUUGGACACAUCUGGAAAUCACCCUUUCCCUGCAAUGAGGAGACUCUCGAUUCUUACCGGUGAUGUCUUCAUCCUGGUGUUCAGCCUGGAUAACAGAGACUCCUUCCAGGAGGUGAAGCAGCUGAAGAGGCAGAUCUUUGAGACCAAGUCAUGCCUACGAAACAAAACCAAGGAGAACGUGGACGUUCCGGUGGUCAUCUGCGGCAACAAGUGUGACAGAGACUUUUACCGAGAGGUGCAGGAGGAGGAGAUCGAGCAGCUGGUCAGUGGAGACGAGCACUGCGCCUACUUUGAAAUCUCAGCGAAGAAGAACACCAACGUGGACCAGAUGUUUCAGAGUCUCUUCACCAUGGCCAAGCUGCCCAACGAAAUGAGUCCCGACCGACACUGCAAGGUUUCCCUGCAGUACUGCGAGGUUCUGCACAAAAAGUCCUUCAGAAACAAGAGGUGCAAAGACGGGAACGCGUACGGGAUUGUGGCACCGUUUGCACGCAGACCCAGCGUGCACAGUGACUUGAUGUACAUUAAGGAGAAGACUGUUGGGGGCAGUCAGACCAAAGAGAAAGGCUGCAUCAUAUGCUGACAUGGUUGUGCAGUGUGCAAAAGACAUUUAAAGAGACGGUGACGCCUGUAAACAGAGAUCUUCAGGCAAAACUACUGUAGAUUUCUGUGCCUGGACAUUUGGUAGCUAAUAGGCUUGUCCUCAUGUAUUAAUACUGUAGAUGCUCCUGUAAAAAUGUCCUGCACCUAUCAGACAUUUGAGCAAACAUGUUUACAUUUUCACUUUUUAUUUUUUAAACUUGGAACUAUGAAGCCGAAUGCAGUAUGAACAAAGUUUUAUUCCAGAUGUAUAUUUAUUGUCUAUGUGAAUCUUUUUGAAGAAAAUAAAAAGUGUAUUUUCAUAUAUCAACUCUUAUCCUCUUUGCCUUUUGUGUCCUUGGAACAAUCUACAUUACAUUAUUAUUAUUCCUUCCAACAAUUUAUUUAAACCACUAGCUUUCUGUUGUCAGGUUAUUGAGAAAUGCCGAGAGCACAGU